AUGGAGAAGAAACCGGCCAACGCGACAACCCCGCCGCCAGCGCCGCCGCCGACGGAGCCCACCCCUCCCAUGCCUAUGUCGUCCCCCGCAACGCCGCCACCGUUGUCGACCCCCUCCGUCCCGGCUCCCGCGACCACCGUCGUCGACCCCCUCCAUCCCGGCUCCUGCGACCACCGCCGCGUCUCUGCCCGCGCCGUCGUCCUCCACCCCGACAACUCCCUCUGCGCCCUCCCCUUCCUCCCUGGGGAAGACGCCCGCCACACCGUCGUCGCCAUCGGACACCCCGUCUCCGCCGUCGACGCCUGCAAGCUCCGUUCCAUGGCGGUGGUCUACAUCUCGAGAUCCAGAUCUCGUCCGCCGUUCUCAGCUUGCUGCGGGGACCGUGUCUUCAUUCGGAUAGAGACGCUCGGCUCUCUUGUCCCCUUCCUUUUAGUGCCUGCAUAG